AUGGAGCUGGACACCGACUCAAUCCCGGCUGCUCCCCGGACCAGCUCGUCUGAUGCGGCCGACAAGGAUGCCUCCACACCGUCCCACUCGCGCUCCCGCUCCGGGUGCUGGACCUGCAGAGAAAAGAAGGUCAAAUGCGACGAGGAGCGACCCCAGUGCCGCCGUUGCGUCCGUCUUGGCCGCGUCUGCGACUACGAGCCCCGCGCACGCAAACCCUACCCCCGAAGGCGUGCUCCUCCACAGAAGUCGCAGCAGCAGCAGCAGCACCAGGCACCUCGCCCUGCCCUUCACAGCGACGCCAGCUCCGAGCCCUUGACUGCCCACCGCUCCCCACUUUCCACUGCCGGCACCACCCCGGGCUCGAUUCUGGGGUCGGUCCCGAGAUCCAUCCCUGGCGGUGCCCUGACAUCCCCGAGUGUUCCCCCCGCAGCCGUGAGUGCCGGCCGACCCUGGGUCUCCGACGCCUGCGCUGUGAUUCUCGAGCCCGCAGACUACGAUGCCAUCCACAACUUUCGCUUCGUUGUGGGGCCCUCGGCCGACAGAAAACCACCAGAGCUGUCGGUAGCUGCCACCAUCUGGAAGAUGGCGCAGAACGACGAGAUGCUCCUCCACAUGGUCUGCGCCAUGGGUGGCCAUCAUCUGGCCUACAAGCACCAAACCAUCACAAUCGACCCUGAAGCACAGAAAGUUCGAGCUGUAGAGCACUAUGGAGCGUCCCUCCACCUCCUCGCACUGGCAACGGCACAGGACAGGGGCGGCACGGUAGAGCUGGACCACAUCCUCGCGACGCUCUGGCUGAUGAUACACUACGAGCAACGAUUCGGAGACGGCUCCGGGGCAGGUUUGAGUGCGCAUCUGAGCGGUGCUGCUUCCUUCAUCCAGGGCAGGCUCCACAAUCUACGGAACAUUCUGGAGAACAACGCCGACCAAUUCUGGGGGAUUGACCAGGGGGCGAGCCCUCAGCCCAUAGUGAAUCACGAUGACUGGCUCAUCUCGGGGUUUGCGUGCCGCAUGGUGGUCUGGAUCGCGUUUAGAGACGGGGCUGCUGCUCUGAAUGGAUUUGGCGGCUUGUUCAACGAGAUGCUCAGCCAGGCCAUGGUCGGCAUCGCCGAGGACGAGGAGACCUCAUUAGUCGAAGGCUUUGAUGCCCUCCACAGGCAUGCCAACUGUAAGCUGACCGAGGAUUGGAACCAUCCACAGGAGCGUCUGCUGGACGACCUACACAGCCGAGCAACCUUCUACCUGUUCGGAAACACAGGGCAGGUUCGCUUCCUCCUGUCAAAACUCGUCGGGCUUCGAGAUUCGGGUUCCCAGGCGUUCGAGGUUGCCCGCCAAAAGGUGGUCCGUAUUAUGGGCAUGAUCACAGAUCGGUACGCGGAGCUGAUUGGCCUGGCGCAUACCCUGCAGCUGGACCCGUCAAGUCCACAUCGCACGUUCAUCAUCAACGUCCGUGGCAUCGUCGCCCACUAUCACGCGUCUGUCCUUUGCUACUUCCGCAUCAUCCGUAGGGGGACAUCGCUCAACAGACGGCAGAGCGUUGCUCUUGGGCGCAUUCUCAACAUUGCGCACCAGAUGUACAUUGACGAGGGCGAUUCCUCAUUCACAAGAAUAGGCUGGCCCUUGUUCGUAGCUGCACUUGAGUCAGAUGAUGCACUGCAUCGUGCCUGGAUCAUGGAGAGGUACCAGCGCCUGGCCGAGGAGGGAGAGAACUUCCGCAGGGCGUACGAGUCCCUCAAAUAUGUCUUCACUCUGCAGCGUUAUCACGAGAGGCGAGUCGAUUUGUUCGACCUGCUCCACAAUAACCAGUUGAGUCGGUUCCUCGUAUGA